UGUCUGCCUUGUUGAAGCGUGUGAUUCCCCAGGCGCCCGGCUUAUAUAGCUCACUUAUUUAAUGAUUUGAAUACCCAGCGGCGAAGUCCCAGUGGCCAUACAUACCCAGGCGCCUCUGCCAUUGUAACAACUGUAAUGGAAACCUCAUCGUUGGAACUUAUCCUACCUAUUUCAUUUCAUAUUUCCUAUUUCCUAUAUCCUCUUCUUUUCAAUGCGACUCAUUCUCAUUCAGGGCUAUAGGCUUUCGCUAAACGCCGUGGAAAUUUCUCGGCCGCCAUUAGUGAGGCGGCGUCAAACGAUGCGGGGCAAGGGUUGCCACCCAGGAUCAUAUCAGCUCAAGAGGAUGGAGCUUGCUCUGAAAAAAUGUUUUACAAGCUCUGAUAGACGCCCCAUCCCUUCGGCACCCGCUGGUGAAGAAUUGUCCUCAUAUUAACAUCCAGAUUACGCUUUGCAAACUAGAACCACGUCGACAGUAGCUUGGACGGGGGCAUCGGGAUCACAGGCUCUCAAACUAAAUCUCCUCAUAAGUGCUUACGAUCUACCUACCGCCCACUAGGCACCGAGUUACCAUGUCUGGGUGUGCCAGCUGUAAGGACCUGUUGGUGCUAAGCACCGACGAGGACGCCAUGGAGGACGGCAACAACGCACCUGUCCCCGACGACCUCUCACUACCAUGCGGCUGCCAUUUCCAUUGGCAGUGCUUUCUUGACUCUGCCUCCGAUGUCGCCAUCACGCUCAAGUGCCCUUCCUGCGGCGGCUACCUGCCGACCAACCAAGCCGGCCCCUCGACCACCAACUCAGUCUUCCCGGCCUCGCAGGACGUCGCGAUAGUGACGCGCUACGAGAGCGAGGGCGGCGUCCAGGAGGACUACAACAUCCUGCCCGACGUCACCGAGGAGGCCUACCUCCUGACGCACCCCGAGUUCCGCCCCGCCCAUGCCUUCCACUCCAUGUGCGCCGAGGGCAACGCCGAGGAGCUGCUGGUCAUCAUCGCCGACGUGGACUCCCCGGCCGCCGACGACGACGACGACGACGAGGCCGGCGGCCUGACGGUCGCCCAGCUCUUGAGGUACCAGGACCCGCUCGACGACAUGAAGAGCCCGCUGCACAUCGCUAUCGAGAAGAACCAGGCCCAGGUCGCGCUCCUGCUGCUCUACAUGGCGUCGGGACUGCCCGAGGACUCGUUCCCGGGCGACGCGCUCGAGGUUGCCAAGGGCCUUGGGCUCCGUCGGCCGACAUUGGCCAGCCCGGAGGAUGAUAUCAGGGCCCUGAAGGAUGCCAAUGGCCGCACUGCUGAGGAGUAUGCCUACCAGGCGGGUGGCCCAUGGAUUAAAUUUAUAGAGGCAGGAAUGUUUGCCUAGAGGACACUCAGACAUAGAAACCAGCGCGCCAGCGCAAGCUAGAUAGCAAUACAAGGCAGAUCAGUUGGCCAAUUGG